AUGGCAAAAUACCAAGGUCUUAGCAACAUGUCACCAUCUUUUGCUGAUACUGCAGACUUUGAAAAUGCAGACCGUGGUUUCUUAUCGUCACUAACGCCAUGUGUGAUCAAAAACGCUACUGGAAAGAUUGUCUGGAACAAUGACGAGUUCAGUUUCGUCAACGAACAGCCGUGUCCAGCCACUGUUAACCCUAAACUUUGGCGCCAGGCUCAACUGCUAUCAAAGCAAGGGCUAUAUCGAAUUAGCCCAUCCAUUUAUCAAGUUCGCGGCUUUGACAUUUCCCACAUCACCUUUGUCGAGGGCGAAACAGGCAUUAUUGUCAUCGAUCCUCUAGUCUCCUGUGAAUGUGCCAAGGCAGCAUUGGAGCUUUACCAGUCCGAGCGAGGAGUUCGCCCUGUCAAAGCAAUUAUCUUCUCACACUCGCAUAUUGAUCACUAUGGAGGAGCGGCAGGAGUAUUACCGACUUCAAAGAUGGGUCCUGCGACGGACAAUAUCCACAUCAUUGCACCUGAGGGAUUCAUGAAGGAAGCAACCUCAGAGAAUGUUGUUGCGGGGCCUAUCAUGCGCCACCGCGCAGUAUACAUGUAUGGCUCAACUCUCCCCAAAUCUCCUGUUGGCCAAAUUGGCGUCGGACUAGGGAUGGCGACUUCACAAGGCAAAACCAGCCUUAUUCCGCCUACCAUCGACAUUGGGCAUACCGGACAGACUUUGACUAUCGACGGUGUUCGGAUUGUUUUUCAAAUGGUGCCAGAUACCGAGGCACCUGCUGAAGUGAAUAUGUACUUCCCCGAUGAGCGGGCUCUCCUGAUCCCAGAAUGUGCAGUCCACUGUAUGCACAACAUCACUACUCUUCGUGGUGCUUUGGUCAGGGAUGCGAGGGCAUGGAGCAGGUAUCUGGACGAAACUCUUAUGCUGUACUGUGGGAACAACAGAACAGAUGUUUUGUUUGGGAGUCACAGUUGGCCAACAUGGGGAAAAGAGGAGGUAAAGGGCUUGUUAGAAGAUCAAAGGGACUUGUAUGCCUAUCUGCAUGACCAAACUGUGAGGCGGAUGAACGACGGCUGGAAUGGCACCGAGAUUGCCGAGGAAAUGAUUUUACCUGCCGGACUGAGGCGGGCAUGGCAUGCACAAGGAUUCUACGGGAGUGUGAGCCAUAACGUCAAAGGCAUAUAUCAACGUUAUAUGACAUGGUUUGAUGGAUAUGCCGAGAACCUCUGGAAGUGGCCACCACAUGAGGAGGGUUGCAGGUACAUCAAAUGCAUGGGAGGCGUGGAUGAAGUUUUGGUCAAGGCCAAGCUUUUCAUCGAGGAAAAUGAUUUGCGGUUCGCCGCUACUUUGCUAGGUCACCUUGUCGCAGCAGGAGACCAGGCUGGGGGUUCUCCGGCCUCGCGAGCUGAAGGAAAGACAAUGCUAGCAGACGUUUUUGAGCGCCUUGGGUUCGGGAGUGAAAAUGCAACAUGGAGAAACUUUUACUUGUGCCAAGCAUUGGAUCUGAGGAAAGGGGAUCGACCUCGAAACAGAUAUCCGUCCGGGCUGGCCAAGUUUCCAGUAACUUUGUCAGUGGAACAGUGGCUUGGUGGGUUGGCCCUUAGAGUUGAUGGUGAGGAGGCCGGGAAAGACGAAAGGCGCAUAUGCAUUGAUAUCCGCGUUACGGACAUACAGGAAACGUGGAGGCUGAUCCUGAGCAACGGCGCCUUGACUUACAGACAACAAGAUGACGGUACAACAGGCGUGGAAUCCCAGUUGGAUCUAUCUCUGUCUCUAAACAAGCAUGAGCUGCAGCAGAUUCUGUCUGGCAGGGAUGCAAGAGAAGCCAAAGUGCUCGGCGGCGAUGUUCAGGCCCUCAAUAAAUUGCUUUCAUUCGCGGGUAUUGCUGGGUACGGCUAUCCUCUCUUGGAGUACGGCAAAUAUGUGGCACAGUUUCCCAAUGCCUGCACCAACACUCUCUACCAUGACCGACGACUUUCGACUUCAGAUGACCUCAAGAUAAUUCGUCCCAACUCGGACACGUUGUAUUCCACUAUCUUCGUGGAUCUGUCCUCAAAUGACCUGCAAAUUACUAUUCCAGAACUUCCAAAUCGUUAUUGGGUUUAUCCCUUCUAUGAUCUUUAUGGAAACGAUAUAGGCAAUAUCGGCAGUCUUCAAGGUCACCAGGCGGGCACGUACCUCAUCCGAUAUACCAGUGAAAAAUUUGGUUUCUUCCUCGGUUCCCCGCCGGGAUAUGAAGGCGAUCGCGAUAUUUUGGGAUAUAUCAAUUUGCCCACCCCCUACGGUAUAUGCCUUGCACGAUUUGCCACAACACAAGCUGUCCAGGACCAAGAGGCUGUUUCCCCUAAGCAUCAACCAUCACGGAAAGUUUCUCCUGAACAAGCCACCUUGAACUUGACCGCAUCCCUGGCUCAUUUCAAUCCUUCCCCUGUCUUAACGGACAGACAGUGGAUUUCUGACACCCUCGCACGAAGCGGAAUAAAAGAUGGUGUUUUCACUUGUCCUGAGGGAGUUGAUAUCUCGCAAGUCUCCGAGUUCGCAGACACUCAAGCUCGAAAAGGGCGGCAGGCUCCUGGUGGCACGAUGGACUUUGGCAAUGGAUGGAUCUCUGCGUAUCCCAGCUGUAUGGGGAAUUUUGGAUCCAACUAUGCUGCAAGAUAUUACAUAGCCAGGUUCGGCUACCUGGGCGUUACGAGCGAUCAGGCAAUCUACCCAUCUCGACCGAAGGCUCUCAGGUUUAAACAUAACGAAGCUGUUCUAUUACGCUUCUCUCGCCGACCAGUUCUCUUCAAGACCGGGUUCUGGAGUCUAACCGCUUAUGAUGCAGACCAGUAUCUCGUCAAGAAUGACAUGAGUAGGUACGUUCUCGGAGAUCGAGAUAAUAUGACCUUUCCCGAUGGAACCCCACUGGACGACGAAAGCAAGGAUGGCGAGUUUUUCAUUCUGUUGCAGCCCGCGGACGUUCCACCACCCGCCAAAUGGAAAAAUAACUGGCUACCCUCACCAGCAGGGGGUGGAAAGAUGUCAAUCACAUUGAGGUUUUAUGGCAUCAAGGAAGAGAUGAUGCCCAAAUUUUACGAGUAUCCGAGACUCGAGUACGUCAAAGCAAUCACUGAAUCACACAAGUCAUUGCUCUGA